AACAUAUCACUCGUCGCUGCGAUGAUUGGCUGGGGAGAUGGGCGCAAAGGGAUGCGCUACUGCGGCUUCGUGAGGUCGUUGUCCAUCAACCCCCCGAUCUUCCGUCUGUACCCGGAGCGGCGGGAUUUGUCGACCAUGGGGCUGUCGUACUUGUCAAGACCCGUACAUGGUGCGGUUUUGCCAUGCGUUUACUACCACGUUCCGAUGAAGAUGCUGUUGGCGUCUGUUGUCGCCUGUGUUGGAGGCUGGCAAUCCACCAAUGGUGGGGAUCCGUGUCUAGGGAGUUUUCGCGCCAGCGCUUGGUUUGCCCCAGCCUUCGGGAAGACUAUGACUUGCAAGGUCGAGAGGUGAACGGUGUUUUGAUCUCGGGGACCUGCAAUUCGCAAGAAGAGUUCACGAAAACCAUCGUGCUGAUCUUCUACAAGACACAAGCUUGGCUGCGAAAAAACGGAGACCGGCGAUGUACCGUAGUUCCUACCUUGUCCAUACGUCAGUACGAACUGCACGGCAGCGAAUCGAUCGGCGAUAUG